UAGUGAGUCACGAUCCUGAAAGUAAACAGUUACUCUACUAACUGAUGCUAUUAUUACAGGUCACACGUUUAAAAGUUGUCAAAUAAAAACGAGGCGCUUGUUUGAGGCUUUUAUUUUGACAGCGGUACCUGUAUCCGGAAGACAGUAGAGGUAGCAAGAGUCAAAGGUCCUUUCGCCAGAGUUUGCCCGAGUUUUGUGUUUCAUCGAACUUUCCACCUUUGCGACUUCGUCCGUUACCGUUCGCGUUCCCUGCGUGGUGAGAUAAUCCUCCUUACGGCGCUUAAACGCCAGUACUCCUUCGCCGGCUGUAAAGCUGUGAUUGAACCUCGAGCAAAAUUUCGAGCAAUGUGAUGUUUCGGGGUUUAUCCAGGUUUCUGAGGACCAACCCGGUUUCUGUCCAGAGAAGCAUGUCUCAUAGCAGUCUGGACGGGAAAGUAGCUAUUGUGACAGCCUCCACAGAUGGAAUCGGCCUGGCUGCAGCUCAGGCUCUGGGAAAGAGAGGGGCCCAUGUGGUCGUCAGCAGCCGGCGGCAGGCCAACGUGGACAAGGCUGUGGCUUUGCUGAAGAGCCAGAGCAUCCGAGUAAUUGGAACCACAUGUAAUGUAGGCAAAGGAGAGGACCGGGAGAAGCUGGUCCAGCUGACUAUGGAACAAUAUGGGGGCAUUGACAUCCUGGUGUCCAACGCAGCGGUCAACCCGUUCGUUGGAAACAUGUUAGACUCCACAGAGGAGGUGUGGGACAAGAUUCUGUCUGUAAAUAUAAAAGCUGCCUUCCUCCUGACGAAGAUGGUGGUGCCUCAUAUGGAGAAGAGAGGGGGCGGAAACAUAAUAUUUGUGUCUUCUGUGGGUGGAUACAAACCAAUGCUGGGCCUGGGCCCCUACUGUGUGAGUAAGACGGCCCUGCUGGGUCUAACCAGGGCGCUGGCUCCUGAGCUGGCUCACAAUAACAUCAGGGUGAACUGCGUGGCCCCUGGAAUCAUCAAAACCCGCUUCAGUUCUGUAUUGUGGGAAAACGAAGACAGUAUGGAUGAGUUGAAAAGGCAGCUCAGCAUUAAGAGGAUUGGAGAACCUGAAGAGAUCGGAGGGACGAUCGCCUUUCUGUGCUCUGAUGACGCUUCCUACAUCACAGGAGAGACCGUCACGGUGACGGGAGGGAUGAGCUGUCGACUCUGAACCCUCUCUGACGUCAGACCCAUUUAUGAUUUUUUUUUUUUCCACCUGUGUGGGAGGGGAGGUGAAGGAGCGGAGGGCCCCUAAUCAGUGCAGUUCCUGUUACUGAUCAUUGUAUACAUUCACAAACAACUGUUAAAUACAGAAUAUUCCUACUAGAAAAAUAAUGUCCCGUUUUGGCGCCCUCUCUAGUGCAGCGCCCCCUAUGGGUUGCAUACAGUGCAUACCCACUUUUUGCGCCACUGCAUUCUGCAAUUGUAACUUAUGUCAUUUGAAUAAGUUAAAUCAAGAUUAAUAAUUACAUGCAGUUUUUCUAAAAUUAUAAAUUCAUAUCUUUCUAGUUUAAGGCAUGCUUUCAAUAUUUUUCUACUUUUUGCAUUCUGAUCUCAUUUAACAUGCAGAAAACGUCAAAUAAACACACUAAAUGAGCUUUUAUUAUCUGAUAUCUGUCUAAACUGCAGUGACAGCUGCAUUUCAGACGGUUUCAUUUAUUUAGCAGAAGGUAAUAUAAAAGUCAAACACCACACAUUAUGUAACGUUUUAGUUUCCAGGCUGUAAAACAGUGAAUGUGCCUCUUAUCGCCUCCGUUUGCUGCCAGCGGACAGCAGGUCUGGUCGGGCCGUCCCGGGUUUCCAGAACUCCCUCAGGGUGGGAACGUAUGUGCCGCGUUUGGUCUUGUAGUAACGCUUCAUGAACAGCUGGGGGAGGCAGAGCACAGGAUACACGCUGAAGUGAGGACUUUGUUCAAAGUUUGAAAUUAUGUGUUUGAACUGGCACAUUGACAAUUUGAUAAAGUAGCAGAAAAAAACACAGAGGAACAUUCAAAGAUUUAAUAUUUUCAUGAAGUAUUUUGAUUUUGAAAAUAGUCCUCGGUGUAAAAAAAAAAAAAAAGUGUUCCUUCACAUUUUUAUCAUUUUACAAUGCAGUUUCCAGAUGUUCGUGAAAACCUUUAUGUUUGUGGUUCAGGUUAUCAAUAAGCUUAGUGGGGAUCAGGUUUUAAAUAAAGAACCAUUUCAUGGACAGAUAAAUCAGCACAGAUGAUUAAUUACUAGAGCAGAACGAUAAAUGAAAGGAAUAAUGGAUAAAUAAACUUGGCUUGAUGGACAGAGAGAGAUUUGGGAAAUUAACAGAUGGAUAAAAUCAGAUGAAAGUGGAUGGAAAGAUGCACACACUGCUGGAUGGAUGAAAGAAUAAAUGGAAGUGUUGAA